GAAAGUGCCGGCCCGGAAGCGGAACCCGCGGCCGCCCGGCGCCUUCCCGCCGGGCGCGGCAUGGCGGGGCCGGUGGACUGUCACUGCCACCUGGGCGCGCCCUGCUUCCAGCCGGACGUGGCGGCCGUGGUGCGGGCGGCGGAGCAGGCGGCCGUGUCGGCGCUGGUGGUGGUGUCGGAGCAGGCGGGCGAGUUCCGGAGCGUCGUGGAGCUGUCUGAGAGGUGCGAGGCCGGCGGAGCCCGGAGCCCGGCCGUGUCCCGGCACGGCUCCGCGCCUUGGGAAUGCCGGGGGAUGCGCUGCGCCCCUCGAUUCCCAGGGUUUGUCUUGCCAUGCCUGGGAGUUCACCCCGUUCAAGAGGUUUCUCCAGAGGAGCAGCGCAGUGUUACUUUGAAGGUUGGACUAGAUUUCACUCCCAGAUUUGCCAGCACUGAUGAACAGAAGGAAGGACAAAGACAGGUUUUGAUCAAGCAGAUUGAGCUGGCAAGGAGACUGGAUUUGCCAUUAAAUGUUCAUUCCCGCUCAGCUGGAAGACCAACCAUUAAUCUCCUGAAGGAACAAGGUGCUACCAAGGUGUUGCUCCAUGCCUUUGAUGGGAAGCCGUCUGUAGCCAUGGAAGGGGUGAGAGCUGGAUACUACUUCUCCAUCCCUCCUUCCAUUAUAAGGAGUGAACAGAAGCAGAAGCUUGUGAAACAGCUGCCACUGGAAAAUAUGUGCUUGGAAACUGACUCUCCUGCUCUGGGGCCUGAAAAACAGAUGGGCAGGGAGCAGGAGCUCACAGUGGACAUCCAGAAGGCUACCCCUGGCUUAGUCACUUGUGGUCCUGCUGCAGCCAACAGAGAAAACUCCCACAUUACUGAAUUCUCCAAGGAAAUGAACCCAAGACAUCAGGACUGCCUGAGAGCACAUUGCUGUGCUGGUGUACCAGUGGAGGGAAUCUGUGAUGUAACACUGAAAAUGCCUCCAAGCCUUUCCCCAAAUUUAAUAACCUUGCAGUGAACAAGUGCUGAUCAAAAAGAGAAUGUUCAUCUAAGACAACCCUUCUACAGGUUAUGCAUUUUAUCAGUUUUGUUUGUUUUUUUGGUGGGCUUUCUCUUUUCUUACUGUGCAUAAAGGAUUCAAAUGAAAGCUACAUUUUUUGUAAUAUAUGAAGAGCCUGUUAAUCUUUGAGAAUAAGAACCCAAUAAAUUUUGCAACUAUA